AACAGGGUCUUUACACCUAUAUCGACUAUAUAAAAAGCUUGGGUUGCUUUCUCAGAUCUCACACAAUACGCAUAUACUCUCAUCUAUAGAAACAAAGCUACACAUUCGAUUCUCAAUUCUAUUCUCACCAGAGCAGUAAUGGCCUCCGCGUGCGUGCAAGAGUAUCUUCCCCCAUCUGUGGAUCCUAAUUCUGAACCACCUACGGUCUUUGAUGGAACCACUAGGUUGUACAUGAGUUACAUUUGUCCAUAUGCACAGCGUGUGUGGGUUACCAGAAACUACAAGGGAUUACAAGACAAGAUCAAAUUGGUUCCUAUUGACCUUCAUAAUAAGCCUGCAUGGUACAAAGAGAAAGUUUAUCCUGAAAAUAAGGUACCAGCACUCGAACACAAUAACAAAAUCAUGUCAGAGAGUCUAGAUUUGGUUAAAUAUAUUGAAAGUCACUUUGAAGGGCCUGCACUAUUGCCCGAGGAUCCUAUCAAACUGGAGUUUGCUAAUGAGUUGUUAUCCUACACUGACACAUGCAACAAAGCCAUAUUUAGUGCAUUUAAAGGAGAUGCACCGAAAGAAGUUGGUGCUACAUUUGAUUACUUGGAAAGUGCUCUUGAUAAAUUUGAUGGGCCUUUCUUCCUCGGCCAAUUCAGUAUGGUGGACAUUGCCUAUAUUCCGUUCAUUGAAAGAUUCCGACUCUACUUGCUAGAUGUGUGGAAGUAUGACCUCACUUUAGGCAGACCUAAGCUAACUUCAUGGAUUGAGGAAAUGAACAAUGUUGAUGCUUACAAGUAUACAAAAGCUGAUCCCAAACUGCUUAUUGAUCAUUACAAGCACCGGUUUUUGCCCCAGUAGAAAAUUUUGUGGCGGGUGGUUAGAACUAUGUACUAAAUAAGUGGCUUAAUGCCUUUUCUGAAUGUUUCUUCGGUGCAAAAGUCGGGCGAAAUUUCUGGGAAUACAUGUAUGGGUUUGUUAAUGUAUUACGUAUCAGAAUAAUUGUGGUCAGCAUGUAUGCUUGCUUUGCAUACAUUAAUAAAAUUAAAGUUGUUAUACACUCUGUUAUGUAAUGUUAUUGUGCGUAUGCAUGUGUAAUUUGUGAA